ACCUGAAUGUUGUAGGAACCAUUAUGAUGAGUGGCUGUGGGAUUCUGACCAAUGGAAAGGGAACACGGAGGGAAUACGGCAUCUAUAAUCUGGACGAGUUAACAGAGGGAGACAGAAUUGGACUGAUCAGGAAAUCUAACGGACAUCUACAUUACUAUAUAAAUGGAGAGGAUCAGGGCGUGGCCUCUAACGAGACUCCGCCCACAAUUUGGGGUGUGGUUGACCUCUAUGGUAUGGCUGUCAAGGUCAGCAUCCUUGAUCAGAAUGACCCUAACUACCCUAACAACAUUACCUCCCCUGUCCAGAGGGUGCGGAAUGUGUUCAGACAAUUCCCAGACAUGUACGAUGAAAUUUCAUCCGAAGAAGCAGAACCUGUGGAGAGACUGUUGUUUCAUACAAGAUGUGGGUCACAUGCUGCAGUCAUCAAUAACCAAAGAACAGCACACAGACCAAACGCCCUAGAUGACUUUAACAAUGGUGUUGUUUUGACCAGUCGUCCACUCAGGCAAGAAGAAUUAUUUGAAGUUCACAUUGACAAAAUGGUGGACAAGUGGGCGGGAUCAAUAGAGAUUGGGGUCACGCUUCACUCACCGAAUGACCUUGACUUUCCCUCAACCAUGACCAACAUAAGGUCAGGGACCUGGAUGAUGACGGGUACAGGGGUAAUGCACAACGGGACAACGGUCAUUGAUAUGUACGGUCAGAAUCUGGACAGACUGAAGGCAGGAGACAGAGUUGGGGUCAAGAGGAGGGGGGAUGGUAGUCUUCACUUCUAUGUAAAUGGAAUUGAUCAGGGUCAGGGGGCCACUGGGGUCCCUCCUAAUGUGUACGGGGUAAUUGAUCUCUAUGGACAGGCUGCACAGACCACUAUAGUGGACCACUCAGAUCCCCUGUCUCCUGAUGCUGAUUCCUGCAGUGCCAGCGACUCAGAGGAACUCAGAUUUCAUCAUAUUCACGGACAGAAUUCUACCAUAACAAACAAUGGUCGUACCUGUUUGCGGCCCAAUGCCACGGGGGAGUUUAAUGAUGCCAUCAUCAUGAGCAGUCGCCCCUUGAAGGAUAAUGAAUUGUUUGAAGUCAUUAUAGAAAAGAUGGUGGACCGAUGGUCAGGGUCGUUAGAGGCAGGUGUAACAUUAAUAAAGCCAGAGGAACUGGAGUUCCCAAACACAAUGACAGAUAUCGUGUAUGACACAUGGAUGCUCAGUGGAGCAGCCAUAAUGCAGGAUGGCUCUACGAUCAGGAACGGUUAUCCCCUGGACCUGGACGCCGUGACUGUGGGUUGUAGAAUCGGGAUCAUGCGGUGCUCUGAUGGCACUCUACACUACUUCCUGAACGGAUCCGAUCAGGGCCCCGCCUGUAUAGAUGUCCCACAUGGUGUGUACGCUGUAAUAGACCUAUAUGGACAGUGUGCUCAGGUUUCGAUCACCAGUGGAUCAGGAGUGUAUCCAUCUGCAGACAAUAAUCUCUUACAUUCAGAUCAGGCCAUUAUGUCUCCCUCAUCGUCAGAGGUGUCUCAUCGAUUCAGUUUGUGUUGUGGUAAAAACAUUACAAUAAAGAACAAUAGUUGUACAACAGCUCGGUCUACAGGCUACAAUAAUGCCAUUGUGUUUAGUUCGGAUCCUCUGAAGAGGGAUGAGAUGUUUGAGGUGAGAAUUGACCAGGUAUGUCGAGUGUGGUCAGGGUCACUACACAUUGGACUGACCACUCUGGCCAUAUCAGACACCACCUCAUCCUCCGUCAUCCCAGCAUCUGCCCUAGAAAUGACCUCUAAACUGACCUGGCUAAUAACGGGGUCAGAGGUCAGGAAAAACGGAUUUGUUAUCAAGGAGAAUUACGCACCAGCUCUAGAGAGACUUGAGGUUGGGAAUCUCGUGGGCAUUCGUCGAGUCUCGGACGGUACACUUCAUCUGUACAUUAACGGGGAGGAUAUGGGGGUGGCAGCCUCCAACAUCCCUAAGAACGUGUUCGUGGUGAUUGACCUUUACGGUCCAGUGGAGAUGAUCUCGAUCACCAGUAGUUGUUCCUGGGACGCCUCUUUGAUGGCUAGUCAGCAGUCUCAGUCGGUCAUGUCAGAGUUAGCCGAGGCCGCAGACCUAGAUACAGAGGAGGAAUACCCCAAUACGCUAGGAUUCCAUGUCAACCACGGUAAAAAUAUCAUGUUGAGUAAUGGUGGACUGACAGCAGAGAGAACGGAAAGUUACAACCAGGGACUGAUUGUCACAAGUCAACCACUACACAAAAACCAAAUGUUCCAGGUGCGGGUUGGACACCUGACUCCCCGCUGGAGCUUCUCUCUGAUGAUUGGUGUGCUGGGAUUCCCUCCAGAUAAGUACACCUUCCCGGUCUCCUCCAUGUCUAUAAAGAAGUCCUGUAUCAUGAUCCAGGGUAGCGCGGUGUACAACUCGGGGUGCAAGGUAAAAGAGAAUUAUGGUCCAAAUCUAGAUGAGCUACAAGUAGGUCAUGUGAUUGGGAUAAUGGUUGAUGAAGAGUCCAAUCUUCACCUGUUUUUCAAUGGCGUGGAUCAGGGUGUAGCUGCCAGGGACGUACCAGGCUCCUGUUAUGGAGUGGUGGAUCUUUAUGGGAAAUGCGACAAGGUGACAGUAGUUCCAAAUGUGGACAGCAGUGAAUCUCCUGAACCAAAACAUAAAGAUAAGGAGAAAGCAGAGAAGGAAGACAUUGAAGAAGUGAUGAAAGAAAAGAACAGUCCAAGUGAGACCAUCUUGGGUAGUGUUGUGAUUCGGCCGUGUGAGUAUGCCAAGACCUGCUCUAAGGUCAGGAGCCUGAUGGGUAUACCUGAGGGAUUUUUCCAAGAACAGCAGAUGACGUGUUACUGCGAGUCUUGCCAUAAACUGAGGUCGGAGGAUCUGUAUCUUAGGAGGGGGGAGCCACCCAGGGAGUAUGCGGUGCCCCUGGGGUGGUGCCGAUAUAUUCUCAAACAACGCCAGAAAGCGCCGUCUUUUGUGGCGUCUGACAAGUGGCAUGUGGCGUAUUAUGGUACACAGCUCGAGGUCCUCAGAAAAAUCCUGGAUACUGGGGAUAUACACACCUGUAAUGAUCAGAUGGGAGGAGGUAGUACUCUGCUACCUCAGUCAGUACCAUUCACGGAGAAAUCCCGUCCCGACAGUUCUAGUCUCAGACAAAUUCUAAUGUCUCCCACCAUACGAUACAUAGGAUGUAACGAGUUCUCACCCAAAUUCAAGUUACUGGAGCCGAGAACCAAGAGGACAUUCCAUGUUCGUGUAGCAUUUCAGGUUUGGUUAAAGCCUGGCUCUUAUAAAGUAGGACCUCAGAGUCUUGGGCUCAAUGAACAAAUAGAUCCACAAUUCUCCAACAAUGAGUUAGAGUGGGCCACAAAGGAGAGAGGAUCAGUACUGUUACAUGGACUGCUUAUCAAAAUAGAAAACUUAUAGACAUGACUCCACAUGUAGAAACUCAGAAUCACUUCAUGUUGGUCGUUUUACAUGAUGGUGUUUGUUUAGUCAA